GAUAAGCUGGCUCCCACUACAGGUCUUUUCAAUGUGUAUGGUCAUAUUUGCACCGGUCUUGGCCAUUUUUGCAUUCGCAACAUGUGGAGGUUACUCUGGUCAGCUGAGGGUUAGAGUGGACUGUGCGGACAAGACCCAGACCAACAUCACCAUCAGCUUUGGCUAUCCUUUCAGGUUUGAACAAGUGCAUUUCAAAGUGCCUCUGUGUGAGCUUCAGAGACAUGAAACACUGUUUUUGGAGGGCGACUUUUCCACUCCAACCCAGUUUUUUGUGGCAGUUGCUGUCUUUGCUUUCCUAUACUCCCUCCUGGCCACUGUGGUUUACUUUUUCUACCAGAACAAAUAUCGAGAAAAGAACAGGGGCCCUCUUUUGGACUUUCUGGUGACAGUGAUCUUCUCCUUCCUGUGGCUACUGAGCUCGUGUGCUUGGGCCAAAGCUCUCUCAGGGGUGAAGCAAGCUGUAGAUAGCGCCCAGGUCUUGUUCCUCAUGGCAGCUUGCAGGGAGCCAGCCAAUGAGUGUGAGGCUUUGGAGAAACCAGUCUGGAUUCGCCUCAACACAUCUGUGGUAUUUGGAUUUCUAAACAUCACAUUGUGGGCUGGCAACAUUUGGUUUGCCUACAAGGAGACCGGCUUACACAAAACCCGCCAGAGACCCACCAGGACCCUCUCCGAGAAACAGAGCAGUUUCAGCCAACGGCAAUACAGCCAGGGCAGCAGCUUUGACCAAUCAGGACCAUCCCUUGGCCAACAGCUGUAUCGCCAGGUUAGCUUCGACCAUUCAGCAGGAGGCUUUAGCCUUCCAAACAGCAGCCUCAGUCCGGCCUCCGUCUUUAGCUCCUCCUCCAGAGGACCACUCAUACUGAUCAAUGACAUGUAAAGCCAUUGAUGCAAAAGACAGGGAUGAGUGAGUGAGUGAGUGAGUGAGUGAGUGAGUGAUGACUGUCUGCUGCUGAGGGAGUGAGUACUGUGUGGUCAUUGUGAAUAAGUGAGUGGGUGAUUACUGUGAAUGAAUGAGUGAGUGGGUAAUUACUUUGUGAUUACUGUGUGUGGAUGAAUG